AUGGAGGUCGAAUGUCCCGUUUGCACGCUCUACCUCCGGUCCGGCAUGAAUUUGGCCGAGCACCUGGACACGCACCCGAAGGAGAAGGUCAUCAAGGCGCUGGUGACGAUGUCGAUGCGGCAGGGUGCGAUGUCGGAAUGUGCCAUGGGGUACAACGAGCUGGAUAUGGAGGAAGCGGACUCGUACGAAGCGCCAGUUCAGUCGUCAGUGCGUUCCACCGACCGGGGAACGACCGCGGCCACCGGAACCGGGGACACAAGCUUGCGGAUCUACGACACCCAGACAGCGCAAGCCGUGAUCGUGGAUCCUGCCGUCUUGACCACAUCCAACACGGUGCAAGCAGCACCCGGCACAUCGUCCCAGCUCGCGCUGCUGCGGACGAUCAAUGUAAACGGGCAGCCAAGCUAUCAGUUGAAUAACGUAACGUUUGUAAAGCGGGAAGCUGUCCAGCUGCCUUCUACGAUGCCUCCAUCAGCGGCACCGGUAGUUCAACAGCCAGCAGCAUCAGCACCAAGUCAGCUGGUGGGCGCUACAUCCAGUAGUGGACCUAUUUCCGGUGUACACACCGAGCUAGCGACGGUUACGGUAACCACAACGGGUGCGGGGGCGGGUGCGUCUACCUCCACCACCGUGUAUCCGCGUUACACCAACGAACUGUACUCUGGACCACCGCCUCCGUACAGCACCGCCAUAACGUCCUCGGUUACUAAUCAGAUGACGCAAAUCCAGCAGGAACCGCAACAGUAUCAGCUACAGCAGGUUCCACCGCAACAGCAGCAGAAAAUCCAGCUUUCGACCCAUACAACUGCCACCCUGCUACCGCCGGUCGUCCCCACAAGCGUGGCCGGGCAAGCGUCCUCGGCUAAGCCAAGCUACAACGAACCAUCGACGUCCGCGUUUAAACAUUACGCAACUCCACCGCACCGGCCAUACGAUCAGGUGAAUCGAUUGACCACGCACAUCCCGCAACCAGCUCAGCUGUCCGCAACCUUCGGUGAUACGCUGCACGAUGGCUUGCUCAACUCAAGAAUGCAACCGAGCCGUCAGGUGCACCCGAUUGCGUACACCACUCAGAAACCCAUGUACGAGCAGGCGAAUACUAACCUUCAACCGGUGGUCAAUGCCAGUGCCACCUCCACACCGAAGCCGAACGAUGUGAAGGUGUUGAGUAAUGUCAAGCUUCAGGAUGGCACGAAGGGAUUCCCCAAAAUUCUUAUGCAACUCGAGGCCGGUGAGAUGUCGAUUCUUGGCGAUAAAACGACCAUAAUUCCGGGUUCCUCUACAGUUCGCGCGGCAGCAUACGCUCAGAAUGCAUCGAAUCGGAUUCUCCUGCCGAUGGUAAAGCCAGAGUAUGUGGGGGUGUGUGGACAACCGUUAGCGGGUGUGCCAGUUUGUGCCACAUACGAGCAGGGCAUGGAGGAAGCCGAAUUGCAGGUGAUGCCACCGAUGCAACCGAUGCAAUUGAUGCAGCCGAUGCAACAAGAGCAUGAAGCGUUGUACGAACAGUCACUUAAGCGCACACGGUAUUAUAUAUCGGAUUCGAAGGUUGAAAUCUUGCCGGAAAAGCUGCCAGUACCCGGGACAACGACGAUGACCGUCCAGGGGCCGGUAGGGGCUCCACCAAAGCGGCCAUCCUCAUCAGCGGGUGGUUCCGGAAGCAGUGCAAUGAUGACCAGCGUCAUCCGGUUGACUCCACAAUCACCGUCUGGACAGGCGGUUAUCGGUUCGCAGCGUCUCGCAAAUGCGUCGGAUGUUGCUGGCCAUCACCCCCACACUACCAUCAGUGCCACCGGGCAUGUGUCCGGUACCCCGAAACAGGCCAAACCGAACGAUAAAGCGUUGUUUUUUCCAGUCGAAGACAAAAAGCCGGGCACGCCGCUUCACACCGAACUGCCCCUGACUGCCGGAUCGGACAAUACGGCAUCGCAGGGUAAAGGACAGCCGAUGAAAAUGGGCCGAAGCGCUGCGGUGACGUUUGACGAGCUGUCACCGAAUGAUGCCGGUACGAGUGGCCUUUCGCCUGGUGGUGACACCAUCACCGGACGCCAGCCGAAAAAAGCGUGCUUUCGGCAACCGAAAAAGCUCUCCGUUAAGCUCCGCCGACCGCUCGAUAAUGCGGCCGCCCAAACGGCACCGGGUGCAACAGGUACGACCCACGCGGACGACGAGUGCGCCACACCAAUCGUGUCACUGACCGUGGUGUCACCGAGCAGCGCGAUGGCGCCGGCAGAACAACCGGCGAACGUUACGACGACGGCCGUAAUUCAAAAAACGGAUGCCAAUCGCCACGAUGCCAAUCGCCACGAAGCCGGUGCGGAUAAUGAGUCGAAAACGGGCCUCCCGUACACGGUGCAGGACGUGAAAGGGGUGCUGAUGAGCGGAAACCUUCCGCUGCAGACACUAAUCAAGCAAGAGCACGCGCAGCUGGGUUUUCACAAGCCAAUCCCGGGGUUGGCUUACAGUGCGGUGCCACCACCGGGGUUUCCCGGGCUCCCGGGAAGCUCGGUCACGAUUCUUCAAACGAACGUCAGCGUCGGCUCACGCCGGCUGUCCGAAAUCGACAUCGGGGGGUACAACAUUUCGUACUUAAGUGAAACCGGUCACACGCUGUACCAAUCGCAUCCGGUGAAGCCCGAGAUUGUCCGUCCCCAGGACGUUAGACCGAAGGCAUUGACAGCGGAGGCGGCACCGGCGGCGGUGGAGUUGGUGAAAAAGGCAGCCGCGCUGGCGGUAACCGUGCCGGAAGCGAACGCGGACGAUUUCCUCGACGAGCAGGAGGCGGAAGAAUACGAGGAAGCGGAACCGGAAGAAAAGGACGAUUUCGAGGAAGAGUACGACGAUGAGGAGGAAGAUGACGAUCCGUACGAUGGACCGUAUGCGGAUGAUGAUGCUGACUUUGAGGAUGAGGAAGACGACGAAGGUUACGAUGAGUUCGCCGAGGAUGCCGGUGGCCGCUCGACAAGAUCCCGCUCGCGUUCCCGUUCACCGCAUGCGGGCAAGCGCCGCACGUUGCUGGGCGAGCUGGCAAAGGCGCGGCUAGCGAAGGAGGGUUUCCGGGCGAUUAGCAGCGAGCAAGUUGAAAAGGUGGACAGUUCCUCGGAUGAUGCUGCAAGCGAGGGUAAAAUCGAUCGGAAGCGGUCGAGCUCGGUGAAGGGUCCGCUAUCGCUUCCACCAACCGAAACAAUCGCACGGUCCAGCUCGGUCACGCCGGAUGAAGAAAAGGAUCUCCUUGAGGCGGGUCCGUCAUCGCGCAAUUUGCCCCAACCCGCCAUUCCGGUGCCGAAGGUGCGCAUCCGUCCGGCGGGAGAUUCGUGGCGGCGUGAAAAUUCGUACCCCCGAAGCACUCAGCAGUUGCCGCUGAAUGAGGGUAGCAACCACAGCACACGAUCGGUCAGUGGUGGGACGAGCUUGCGGCAGGAUUUCCUCGAAGCUGGCCCAUCGUCGCAGCCAAAUCAGGCGGCCACCGGAUGCUUCCUGCUGAAGACGUUCCUGCGCGAGGAGCAACAGGUUUCACGCACGGAACCACCGCCCGGUGUUACCCUGUCCUGGUCGCUGGUUGGUGGUGCACCGAAGGGUACGGAAGGGACGGCACCGGCGAUUCCACCCACCAUUGGGAAGACGGAACGGUGUGAUGUACCGAAUGAUGACAGCUCGUCGUUGUUUCUUGAUCUAAGCACGCGCAAAACGACACUCCACACCUCAAACGAGGGUGGUGGGGGGGUUUCUUGUCAUACCACCCCCACCAGUUCGUCGCUUUCGUCGAGCGCCUCCGCCAGCAUGGAGCGGGCACCAUCGACGGAAAGCCUUAACAUCCGUACGGACGAGAAAAUGCCCGCGAAGGGGGAAAUUUCUGAGCAGGAAAGCAACGGCGAUAUGGACGUGACAUCGUGGAAUCGGCAGCUGUACGCCGCCGGAGAGAAUAUGUCGAUUUAUCCCAGCUCGUACGACCUUUCGACGGCACAAGAGUGCUGGAAUUUGAGCAGCCGCAAUCAGGCACCGUUCGCGUCGAUCGCGGAUUCGGCCGUCCAGCUCUUUCAUCCUCACGCCACCGGUGGUAACGCUCCACACGCGCCCACCAACAACCAGUACGUGAUCCCGCGGAUGGCAUUUCAAUUCGCGUCCGGUUCCCACCAGCAACCGCAAGGGCAACCCGCCGAUAGUGACACGGACGAUGAGGACGAAGACGCGCAAGCGUGCACGAUGAAGAACGCCAUCGCAAGAAUGUCCUUCGACGUCGUGUGCUCGCAAUUCCAGCAGGCGGAUGGCACAUUCGGGGAGCUUGAUCUGCUGGGUCGGCAGCAAGCGAGUGAGGCGAAGUACACGGACACGACAUGCGUUGCCGGGACGUCCUACUUCGGGAUGACGGCCACCGGGCUGGCGAUGGUGCCCAGUGUGCACGGUGGUCGCGAUAUGUUGCAUGACCGUGCGUCAACCCCGAAAGCAUCCGGCAGUGCUGGACCGCGUCCGUACAGUUGCGCGGUUUGUCCACUAACGUUCAGCACGCAGAAGCAGCGCCGGUUGCAUUUAAGCCAGCACUCGGAUGGGCUUGUUGAGCCGUACGAUCAGGAGCCGCAACAGCGCCUGGAAGGUGCACCAUUGAAGCGGCUAACAACGGCGGUGGUGAUGAACUACUUCUGGGUGCGAAGGGAGAUCCUGCGAAAGUACGGGCCGGCGAUGAGAGACGCCAAUGCGAGCACUUCGGCGCUGACGAGCAGCUCGACGGUGGUGAACAUAACCUCAACAAGGACGACCACGUCCGAGCUGCAGGAGGAUGAAAUGGUUGAGGAAAAAUCGCUGGUCGUGGCAUCGAUGGCGGCAUCCGGUAGUGGGGUCGAAUUUGGCGAGCUUACGCGGUUCGUGGCCACACGCUAUCGCAUUUACGUGUGCAACGAGUGCCGAGGUGAGUUUAGCCGGUUCAUUUCGUUCAACCAGCACCUGCUCGUGCACCCGGUCGAGUGUUUCGCGUGCGGGCGCAAUUUUAAGCAGUGGCGCAACUUUACGCUGCACGUGAAGCGCCAUCUUGGCGUCAAGGAGCACCAGUGCCGAACGUGCGGCAAGCAGUUUGUCAUCAAGCAGAAGCUGAUCGAGCACAUGCGCAUCCAUACCGGGGUGGCACCGAUCAAGUGCGUGCUUUGCAACCGGAUGUUUAAGCGCUUUUCGAACCUGGCGCAGCACCGCAAGCGGUACCACAUGAACCGUGGGCUCCCGAGGGAUGAGUUCGUUUGCCAGCUGUGCGGGGAGGUGUUCUACACGGCCGCCAAGAUGGAGUGGCACAAGGAAACGCACGAGAAGAAACCGAAGUCCUGCCCGUACUGCCGGGAGAAGUUCAUCCACCGCAACAGCCUGACGCGCCACAUCCGGCUGUCGCACACGGAUAAGUACGCGAAGCUCGAGAACAAGACGGAACCGUGCACGGUUUGCCAGCAGCCGUACACGAAGACGAGCAUGCGCCGGCAUCUGGAGACGCACACCACGGAGCGGAUGGCGUACGCGUGCGGCAUCUGUAACAAGCGGUUCACGACGAACUGGAACCUGAAGCAACACAAGUGGACGCACGCCAACCCGACGCUGAAGCCGUUCCAGUGCUCGUACUGUCCGAGCGCGUUUGUGCGCGAGGCGGACUUUGUCACGCACGUGAACGCGCACCGUUCGAUCCGGCCGUACACGUGCAACCACUGUGGGCGGCAGUUUAUCCGGAAGUACAAUUGGAUUCGCCAUACGCGCGAACACGAGCUGGAUAAGGGCCAUCGGUGUGAUGUGUGCGGGCGCCAGUUCCACCGGAAGUACUAUCUCACCGAGCACAAGCGCAUUCACACCGGCGAGCGACCGUUUUCGUGCAAUAUCUGCGGAAAAACGUCCGCGACCAAGACGAACCACAACAAGCACCUGCGCAUACAUCACGCCCGUGAUCCGCUGACGGCGGAAGGUUAA